AUGGAACAAACAACUUCAAGUACCAAAGGGAAUACAAUGAAAAGCCCCCGUGAAUACAAGAACAAAAAAGUUGACAAGUGUCUAUCCUAUUCACCCAAAAUAAUGCCUUUCUGGCCUCUCCCUGUUUUCUUACCAGAAGAAAAUGUUAUAGACAGAGUUUCAGCCCCUGAACAGAGUUAGAAAGAAACACAAAAACCAAAAUAGCCAAAAUUAGUGUUUUACUACAAGAAGAAUAAGAAAAGAAAUUGAAAUAAACUGAAGAAUAACCAGCCCCCAGAGAACUCCACUGAUCCAAUCCAAGAGAACGGAGACCUAGGCAUAUCCAUAGGAGGGUGGGGAGGAUUAGUCACACCUGGAGAAACCAAAUUGACUGCAUUGGAGCAGGAUCUCUUCCAGAUAUCUGAGAGCACGUGGACAUAUGACUUCGAGCCAGCAGUCCUAGAGAAGCUCUACAGUCACAAUGAAGAGGGCACAAAAUGA